AAAUAACUUUACAUUUUAUCUAGAUGCUAUCUGGAUAAAUCAAUGUAAUAGCAAUUCCUUGGCAAUUAUCUAUUUCCUUUAUUUUUUCCAAAUGAAGACAAAUGUUUUAGUGCUGAAAUAUUAGCUUAUCACAAAUAGAUAUUGAGAAAUUGUGUAGCUUUAAUUUUUUUGUUAGAAUUUGCUUUUCUUAAGUAUUUGUAUUUGAUAUUAAGAUUUUCCUAAAGAUAAAAUUAUCAAGCUACUCCCCCUAAAAAAACUGUAAAAUUGGGAAAUGUUUGAUAAUCGUGCUUCAAAACUGGCUAAAAUAUUUUUUUCAAUCAUGUCAGUUUGAAAGCUUGAACAGAAAAUAUCCAUGACAUUUUCUUGUUCAUCCUCAAUACAUUGAUUCUCUAACCUCAAAUUAAACAUACAAAAAAUCAAGGGUAGUAUUUUUAUAUUUAUAUAGUUUAACAUUUCCCAUUAUAAUAAAAUAAUAUCUAGACUUCUUAGUUACUGUAAGAAGAUUACCUCUGUCAAAUAACAUUGCUCUAUGUAACUCAUCCUGGGUCUCACAGUUCAAGCUAAUCAUUGACAGACCUUUACAAUCACAAGCUUUUGCUGAAGGUUUGAUAAGACAGUCCAGCAGUUAGAGGCAAAUGAAGGCAGACUGUGCAGCAGGAUCUCCAGGGAAUGAAUGGAUUUUCUUCAGGCACAAUGAAAGAAAACUGACUAUAAAAAUUCACACUACAAGAAAACAAUGUUCAUCUACGGACUGAAAGGCUCUGUCAUCCUCUGGGCGUUUUUCCUCACAAGAACCAUUACUGGAUUCCCAGGAGAAGGACAAUCUAUAUGGAAAAAAGAUCGUAUCUUGAAUCCUAUGAAUGCAACUCAGAUGUUUCUCUAUGACACUUUUCCAAAAAACUUUUUCUGGGGUGUAGGAACUGGAGCAUUUCAAGUGGAAGGAAGUUGGAAAAAAGAUGGUAAGGGACCCUCGAUAUGGGAUCACUUCAUCAGCACACACCUCAGAGAUGUCAAUAACACAGAUGACUCCAGUGACAGCUAUGCUUUUCUGGGGAAAGAUUUGUCUGCGCUGGAGUUUUUGGGAGUUUCUUUCUAUCAAUUUUCGAUUUCCUGGCCCAGGCUCUUUCCAGAUGGGAUAGUAGCAGAUGCCAACGAGAAAGGACUUCAAUACUAUAACACCCUCCUCGACUCUCUUGUCCAUAGAAACAUUGAGCCUAUAGUUACUUUAUACCACUGGGACUUGCCUCUAGCAUUACAAGAAAAAUAUGGGGGGUGGAAAAAUGAAACCAUAAUAAAGAUUUUCAACGACUAUGCGACUUACUGUUUCCAGACAUUUGGGGACCGUGUUAAAUACUGGAUUACAAUACACAACCCGUAUCUAAUUGCUUGGCACGGCUAUGGUACAGGUAUGCAUGCACCAGGAGAGAAAGGGAACUUAGCAGCUGUUUAUGCUGUGGCACACAACCUGAUCAAGGCUCACGCCGAAGUCUGGCAUAACUACAAUAUAAACUUUCGGCCACAUCAGAAAGGUUUGUUAUCGAUCACCUUGGGAUCCCACUGGAUUGUACCAAACAAAUCAGAAAACAAUCUGGAUGUCCUUAAGUGCCAACAAUCCAUGACUUCUGUGAUGGGAUGGUUUGCCAACCCAAUCCAUGGCAAUGGAGACUAUCCAAAAAUAAUGAAGAAAUUACUUCCACUUCUCCCUCAGUUCUCUGAAGCUGAGAAAACUCAAGUGAGGGGUACAGCUGAUUUUUUUGCCUUUUCCUUUGGACCCAAUAAUUUCAAACCUCCAAGCACCAUGUCAAAAAUGGGACAAAAUGUAUCGCUCAAUUUAAGAGAAGUACUAAAGUGGAUUAAACUGGAAUACAACAACCCAGAGAUCCUCAUAACUGAGAAUGGCUGGUUCACAGACAAUCACGUGAAAACAGAAGAUACAACAGCAAUCUACAUGAUGAAGAAUUUCCUUAAUAAGGUUCUUCAAGCAAUAAAACAUGAUGAAAUAAGGGUGUUCGGUUACACAGCGUGGUCCCUGCUGGACGGCUUCGAGUGGCAAGAUGCUUACAGCACCAGACGGGGCCUAUUUUAUGUGGACUUCAGAAGCAAACAGAAGGAGAGAAAGCCCAAGUCCUCCGCGCACUACUACAAACAAAUCAUAGAGGACAAUGGAUUCCUCUCCAAAGAGUCCACGCCUGAUGUGCAGGGGCAGUUCCCCUGUGACUUUUCCUGGGGCAUCACUGAAUCCGUCCUGAAGGCUGAGACAGUAGCUUCUUCACCCCAGUUCAAAGACCCUCACUUAUACUCCUGGAACGUCUCUGGCAACGGACUGCUACAUCGGGUAGAAGGGGUGACCAUAAAAACAAGAGAUGCUCAAUGCACGGAUUUUGUCAGCAUCAAAAGCCAACUUAAAUUGUUGGCCAAAAUGAAAGUCACCCACUACAGGUUUGCCCUGGACUGGUCCUUAAUUCUGCCCAACGGAGAUCUGUCGGAAGUUAACCGGCAAGUCCUCAGGUACUACAGAUGUGUGGUCAGCGAGGUGCUGAAACUCAACAUUUCCUCCAUGGUCACCUUGUACUAUCCGACGCACACUUCCUUGGGCCUGCCCGCCCCUUUGCUUCAGAGCGGGGGAUGGCUAAACCGGUCAACCAUUCAUGCUUUUCGGGACUAUGCAAAUCUGUGUUUUCAGGAACUCGGGGAUCUGGUCAAACUCUGGAUCACCAUCAAUGAACCCAACCGGCUGAGUGACAUCUACAACAGCAGCAGCAGUGACACGUACCAGGCGGCGCACAACCUGCUGAUCGCCCAUGCCCUGGUCUGGCACGUCUACGACAGCCGGUACCGACCCUCCCAGCGCGGGGCGGUCUCUCUGUCUCUGCACGCAGACUGGGCCGAACCUGCCAAUCCUUUUGCCGACUCCCACCUGAAAGCAGCGGAGCGCUUUCUCCAGUUUGAGAUCGCGUGGUUUGCGGAACCCAUCUUUAAGACGGGAGAUUACCCCAAAGCCAUGAAGGAGUACAUCGCCUUCAAGAACAAGGAAGGGCUCUCCAGUUCUGUGCUGCCCCACUUCACGGCCGAGGAAAGGAAGCUCAUCAAGGGCUCGGCCGACUUCUACGCGCUCAAUCACUUCACCACGAGGUUUGUCAUCCACAAGCAGCAGAACGGCAGCCAGUAUGCCUCUGACCGAGAUGUCCAGUUUCUCCAGGACAUCACCUGCCUCAGCUCCCCAAGCCGCCAGGCAGUGAUGCCAUGGGGAGAGCGAAAGAUUCUCAAGUGGAUCCAGAAAAAUUACGGUGACGUGGACAUCUACAUCACAUCCAGCGGGAUCGAUGACCAGUCCCUGGACAACGAUGAGCUCCGAAAAUACUACUUGGAAAAAUACAUCCAGGAAGCUUUAAAAGCUUACUUAAUUGAUAAAGUCAAGAUAAAAGGCUAUUAUGCAUUUAAACUGACAGAAGAAAAAUUUAAACCCAGAUUUGGAUUCUUCACAUCUGAUUCAAAAGCAAAGUCCUCAAUCCAGUUUUACAACCAGCUGAUCAGUAGCAGAGGUUUUCCUUCUGAGCGCCCCAGCUUGGGAUGUGGGGAGAGUCGCCGUGACAAACAGUGCAAAUUGUGUUUAUUUCUCGAGAAGAAGAAACCACUGAUAUUCUUUAGUAGUUGUCUCUUUUCCAGCCUGGUCCUACUUUUAACAGUUACCAUCUUCCAAAAGAGGAAGAGAAAAAAAUAUUAUAAGGGAAAGAACUUGCAACACCACAUUGCAAUACCAUUGAAAAAAGGUCAUAAGGGUAUUCUCGGCUAAACUGGUCUUAUUUCUAUCUGCCUUCAAAAGGCAGUGAAUAAAUUCACUCCAUUUUCCCCAUUCCAAGUAGGUUACAGGAAACAAAUGCAUGUAGGAAAAAGAAAUGUUGGGAUAUUGGUUGUUACCAAGGGAAUGACCAUGACUUUGCAGGAUGAUCCACAUUAAUUUUCCUAUAGGGGUUGAUGUCGACAAAUUAAUAGUGGUGGGGUUUGAAGAUAAAAAUCUUCACUCAAGCAGACAUUAAGCUGUGAAAAGUGCCACGUACCUAACUAAUAAGUUUCUUUUGUUUACUCUAUAUUUAUAUGAAUUGAUGUGGGUUUCUGGUUACAAUAUAAGCAGAACCAUUAAGAUACAAAAUUGCCUUCUUAGUUUAAUUUUAUAGCAAAGAUUUUUAAUUCUUUCUUCAACCAGAGAAGCAGCAAUAUAUUUUGUUUAUAAAUCCCACUUUCCACAAAUUACUUUCUCUUUAUGUCAGAGUAAUUUCCUAUAUGGUUCAAGAAAAAGAUUAUUAGAAAAAAAAAUUAAAAGUAUGAGACAUAAACUGGCUGUUCUCUAGAUAGUUGCAGGUUAAAACCUUAGUCACAGAAUUGGAAGGGACCUUAGUCCAAUCUGUACUUGAAUGAGAUCCAGCCAUUGCUUGAAAAGCCCUCAGCAAUGGAAGGCCCUCUACCUUCUGAAGCUGCCCAAUCAAUGUGUGAAUAGCUCUAAUUUUGAGGGACAUCAAGGUGAGCUGAAAUGUUUCUAGAUCUGUUUUCUGGGGACAAACAAAACAAAUCUCAGUUCUCUUCUACUUGUAAGCUCUUCAGAUACUUCAAGAAAGCUGCUGAUCUAUCCUGCCUUCUCUAGGUAGAGCAUCCUCAAUUCCGUCAACCACUCCCAAAAUGGUUAAAUCUUAAGGUCUUCCACCAUCGUAGUUGUCUUGCGCUGGAUGCCCUCUAGUUUACUGAUAUUUUUCUAAACUUUGGUCAAAACAGAACAUCUCCUCUCAUAGUCUUUCCCACUGGGGGAAAAGAGCAUAAGAAAACAAUGUCAAUUAUUUGAAUGUUACGUUUGAUUAAAUUUAUGAGGACACUGAUUUCAAAAUAUAAAAUGUGUAAUGGCAUUUUUGGGUACAUAGGAGACCAUAAGACUAGGAGUAAGGAGUGCUGGGUUCUGGUCCUACCACUCUUUCUUAGAUAAUUUUAGGCAAGCACCUUAAUUUCUUACUUUGACAAAUGUUGAUACUUAACAAUCUUUACAAGGUGAGUAAUGACAAAAGAUUAAAAAGUAUUUUGAAAAGUUAAAAAACAGCAUACAUAUGUAAAGUGUUUUUUAAACCAUCUAGAUUAAAUAAAUUAGAUAAAUAAAACCAGAUUAUUAAAUGACUCCUUUCCCUGACUAGUUCUAAACCCUUGUUCAAAUUUGGCCUCUCUCCAGAUAUAGACUCUAGUCUAGUUUAGAAAGCUGUUAUUUUGGUAGGGCAAUUAAAAAUGUAAUUAUCUGGAUUCAAACCCUAUUAUUUGACUUUUAUCCUAAAUUUCUUCAAAGCUUAGAAGAAACUUAAAAUCCUAGAAACUAAAAUCAGACAGGUUCUUUUUAAAGUAUUAAAAAGGAGCGCUUCCUAAAGGAACUUCCAAGACAAAGAUCACUAUAUUCUCUUAAGUCUCUAAGGCAAAAUUAAUAGAAACCUUGACCUUGUGCUGUCCUAUAGAUCCUUCUUAUACAUUUCUACCACAAGAAUAGCUCUCCAUUUUAGUCAGAGUUUAUUAAACACCAACUCUAUUGAAACACUGGCUGAAUAUCAGUAGCUGACAAACUUGUUAGAUGAGAAGUUCUUAACCUUGCUGUGUCAUUGACCCCUUUGGAAGUCAAGUAAAGCCAAGUUCCUCACAAUCUAAAUGUACAAAAUAAAAUAUUAAUAAAAUGUUUUUAAGUGCAUGAAAUAAAAUACAUAGUAUUAGAAAGGAAGCCAACUAUAUUGAAAUGUUAUCAAAGUAUUAAAAAAUAAUUGUGAUAUAUGUGCUCCUUUGUUAAUGCAUUAACAAGAUAAAACAUUUAAAAGUAAGAUACUAAUAGCUCCAGUAAUUCUGAAGUAGUGAUGAGAAUUAAAGCUAUUUUAAGAUAUGUCCAACAUCUGUAAUGUGAUAUGAAAAUAUCUGUGACUUAUAUUAGUGACAAAGUUUGUAGGUACUGUUAAUAUCACAUUGGUUUGUUGCCUUCAUAAUUUUUUAAAAUGUUAUUUUUCAUUUAGAAGUUAUUGAAGAUAAAGAUGUAAUUUUCCUCCAAGUUCACAGAUCCUCUUCCAAUUUGAGUAUGUAAUACAAAAUUAUAGAAUGUAAAGACUGAAAGGGACCUUAUUGUCUCAGAGGAUUUUAGAUUUAGCCUUAAAAGGAUCCUCAAAGGCCUAGUUUAAAUUCCUCCUGUUAAAGGAAACAGGCCCAAAGAAUGACAGCAAUAUUUGCCUAAGAAACUAUAAAGUGAGGAAUAUUCAUAAUAGCUCUGUUAAUAUUUUCACGAAAACAGGCCUAGAUUCACUCACUGAACAAAUACAUGAGCACCUGAUAGUAAGAAGUAAGCAAGCAGCAAUUUUGAGGUAAUUUUCACUUUUUAAUUGGUGGUUGAUGUCACAGAGACACAACCCUAUCUAGAGCCCAAGUAUAUUGUCUGUAAAUAAUCAAGCUGUCAAAUAACAUGUCAUUACUGUGACAUGCAUGAAAAAAAGGUCACUCAACAUUUACUAAAGGUCUAUUCCUUCCUGUAACGGGUCACCGUUCUAGGUAUCAUUCUAGAGGUAAGGGAUACAAAUAUCAAGUGAGACAGCUCCUGCCCUCCAGAAACUUAUAUUUUACCAGAUAUUCAAGUUUAAGUAAUACAAAGAUUCUAAAUUAUUUUCAGUUUUAAAGAUUUUGCUGCUUCUAAUUUACCCUGUUUAAGUUCACGAUAUGACAACUACCUUGAUCAUAUGGUUUGCUUCUCAAAAUUUUUAUUUUAAAGUUUAUUAUUUUAUUAAGAAUGGAAAAAAAAAGAUCAUCUUUUCCUGUUUUCUGUUUGUCUGGUACCAGUAUUUAUUCAGCCAUUUAUUCUUGCCAAUUUCAGUCACCAUUCUGCAAAUUUUUGAUUUAAAACUUUCUACUUAAGUCAUCAAUAUUACUGUCAAAAUAUAUCAAUUGCUUAUAAAACCAUUAAAGUUUUAAGAUGUGGAUCAGCCACCAUGCUGCAUUUAGAAAAGAGUAUAUGGAGAGGACCAUAAUGAAGGGCUGAAAGGGGAAUUCAGGCCGUUGCGGAUGAGAAAAAUGGUCUUUGGGCCAAGUUAUUUUUGUAUGCCUAUUUGCUAUAAUCAUGCAUCCUUUUGAGGAAGUCAAAUUACUUAUGUUUACAUUUUGUGCACUAAAGUACUGACCUUAUAAUGAUUUGACACCAAUAGGUGUUAUAUAUGUAAGUACUACAGGACAAUUUUAACAUUUAAAAAAGAUUCUGGGAGAGAAAAAGUCAUGUGCAUUGUUAAUAAAAUGUGCUUAAUUUUGGUGUAAUUUAUUCUAAAUAAAUUGUGUACUACUUCUA